UCGUCUUCUCUCUCAUCCUCGGAUCGGCCAUGACUUCUUCCAUCUAAGUUCAGCUGAUCGAGUGAAAGGAUGGGGGAACCUGAUGAUCAUGAGCUGGACAUCUUUCAGCUGAUCCGAACUCAUCAGGAGAAAGCUGUUCAAUUACCUCCAGUUCAACUAGUUCGAACUUUGCUAGCAAACACUUCUUUUGGACUGCUUUCUACUUUCUCCGAGGUUUUAGAUUCUGUGUGUGAAGGUUACCCAUCAGGGAUUUUGAUUGAUUUUGCUUGUGACGCUGAUGGAUCUCCAAUAUUAGCAGUUAGCACUGUUCAUGCUAAGAAUCUUUUAUGUAAUCCCAAGUGUUCAUUACUUGUAACAAAAGACCCUGGAGACAGGAAAGACUUAAUCGUAACACUUUAUGGUGAUGUUGUUUUUGUAUCAGAAGAAGAUCAUGAUGCAAUUCGUAUGGCAUACUUGGCUAAGCAUUCAGCUUCAUUUUCGGCUGAUACUAGUGACUUUCAGUUUGUACGUAUUGUACCAAAACUUGUACAUUAUGUAUCGUCCACAGCUGCCUCGGUAUCAGGAGUGUGCAGCAAAGAUGAGUACAGCAAAGCUAAAGUAGACCCAAUAUACCAGUUCUCCAAGCCUAUUGCUUCCCACAUGAAUAAUGAUCAUGCAGAGGAGACAAAGCUAAUUGUGCAACACUACUCCUCUAUUCCGGUUGAUCAUGCUCUUAUGCUGGAUGUUGAUAGUGUUGGCUUCAAUGUUAAGGGUGGCUAUAAAGGGAAGACUUUCAAGCUUCGAAUUCCUUUCCCUAGACUCGCAAUAGAGAGAAAGGAUGUAAAGACUCUAAUAAUUGAAAUGCUUGAAGUUGCUACCAAGUCUUCUCAACAAAGUUAAUGCCAGGGCCAUUACAAUAAAGGGGUGCUUUUUA